GUUUAUCUUUUGUUUAAACAUUCGAAAACAAAAUCUUUGAUUGACUACCGGUGGUACGCAUUUUACUGUUUUUACUGCAUUUGCAAGAUCUGAAGAAAGGACAGAAUGGAGAAUCCUCUAUUUGGAACGGCUCACCUUUUAGACGAAGUCGAUAAAAAGUUAAUGGUUCUGCUACGCGACGGUCGAACAUUGAUCGGUUAUUUGAGAAGCGUUGACCAGUUUGCGAAUUUGGUCCUUCAUAGGACAAUCGAGCGGAUACACGUUGGCAAUGAGUACGGAGAUAUACAGCGUGGGGUGUUUAUUAUCCGAGGCGAGAAUGUUGUACUUCUGGGUGAAAUUGAUCGCGAAAAGGAGAACAACCUUCCACUGAAAGAGAUAUCCGUCGACGACAUUUUGGAUGCCCAACGAAGAGAACAGGAAGCGAAACAGGAGAAACACCGACUGAUAUCGAAAGCUCUGAAGGAACGGGGAUUAAAUAUGAACUCCGAGCUCACCCAGGAUGAAUUCUAGAUAAGCGGGAGUUUUUACAUUACCAUUAACUAGGGUUUGUUAACCUUUCCAAGUGUAUGGUUUUUAUGUUUCUUUUUUGUCUACUUGCAAUAUAAAAUAACAAAGGAUUAAA